AUGUCUGCUCGCGGCCAGCCUGCGAUUCCUGCUACACCUCGCGUCAUCUCGCCGAGUCCAACACCGUCCGAAGCCCAAGAGCGAGAGGACUAUCUUGGUUCCGUAACCCGAUCCGCAGCGAAGCGGCGACAGGCUGGCGACACCGCACCCCAGCUUCCGAUCCACGAGAGCAUAGACGAAGACUCGAACUCGGACCCGGAGCUCCGGAGAGCUCGGACGCGAUCGCGAAGUCCCAUAACGACGCGCAGGGCCGCGAACCUCACGUCAACCAAGUCCGGCCGGGCUUCGAAGUCGAAACAGAAGCAAGAGACGGAGCACGCGAACGGUGCGGUCGAACCGUCCGACGGCCACCUAGCACCACCGUCCCCUACCGUGGGAGGCUGGAGCUGGCAAGAUUUCAGCCGCAGCCCGAGCCCUCUUGGCCUCAUUCCAAUACAUCGGCAUUUCAGGAACCUGAUCCACAAACACGAAGUGCCCAGGAAGGUCUUGCAUGUGUCCAUCGGCUUCUUCGUCUACUGGCUCUACGUGAGUGGAACUCAACCCUCUUCCGUGGCGCCGGUGCUAUUAGCAGCCCUCAUUCCCAUCGCAACUACCGACUUCCUUCGUCAUAAGUACCCCUCGUUGAACCGCUUCUACGUCAACUGUCUCGGUGCCUUGAUGCGUGAAAGCGAGUAUGCCGGUUGGAAUGGUGUGGUUUUCUACCUCCUUGGGGCCUGGCUAGUCCUACAGUUUCUGCCCAAGGACGUCUCUGUGGUCGCAGUUAUGCUGCUGAGCUGGUGCGACACUGCUGCUAGCACCUUUGGGAGGCUCUAUGGGAUAUACACUCCACGGCUUCGCCGAGGCAAGUCUCUCGCCGGGUCUCUUGCUGCAUUCCUGGUUGGUGUAGUGACUGCUGGCUGGUUCUGGGGUUGGCUAGCCCCCAAGACCGGUCCAUUCCCAGGAGAUGAGCAGAAUCCCUUCAUGUUCCGAGGUCUUCUGAGAUUGCCUGCCUUUGCCUCGGGUGCUCUUGGACUUACCGAGUCCCAAGCGACCAUCGGAGGCACCGUCGCUCUGGCUCUGGUGAGUUUAUGGUCGGGGCUUGCUGCAGCCAGCAGUGAGGUCGUCGACAUUUUCGGAUUGGACGAUAACCUUACCAUUCCGGUUUUGAGCGGUAUCGGUAUCUGGGGCUUCCUAAAGGUUUUUGGCUAG